CAGCCAAUGGCACCACCAACUCAAAUAGCACCCAACCACAACCAUACGGCACAGUUUUGGAGGUAUCUUGUACGAAUGGCUUCCGCAUCGAAGGCAAUACCAGUCUAACUUGUCUAAGUGAUGGAACUUGGUCUGGAGAGGAAACAAUUUGUGUUUUGAUAGACUGCAAUGAGCCAAUAAUGGACAACUUCACCGGAAAUGUGACUUAUGAUAAUACAACAUACAGCAACUUCG